ACAUCACUUCCGGCUCCUUCCGCAGGACGGGAACUGGCUGCAACCAUUUCCUCCCCGGUCAGCGGCCCUUCCCGGUGUAAGGCGCUCCGGGCCGACCAUGAGAAGCUCGGGCUGUCCCAGCCUGGUGUGUGGGGGUGAAUGGAGGAUGGACGUGACGGAAGCACCGCGGUCCUCGGGCUCCAUGGAAUGGGCAGGCCGGAGUGUCAUCUGAGCGCAGGAGAAUAGAGUGACAGCCCGGGAUUCUUGGUCACAGGUUAGUGGGCUUUUAUGAGAUGGAAGCUAAUGCAGGAGAGGAGGGCAUUCACUUUCAAAGCUACCCUUUUGAUUUCCUCGAAUUCCUUAACCACCAGCGCUUUGAACCUAUGGAACUGUACAACCACCAUGAACAUGCUAAAGCUGUAGCUGCCCUGCCUUGUACUUCACCACAGUAUGACUAUAGUCACCAGCCCCAGGCUAACAGUAUUCAAGCGACCCCUGCUGGCAUUUCUAAACCUAAAGAAUUCAAAGUAGAAAUCUCCUCCUCUGUGUCUCCUAUUAAAAAAUCUGAACCUGUACAGUUGCAACAAUAUAACGCCCCGCCUUCAAUCUCCAACGCACAAGCUAUCUUUGACGGAACAUUUAACUCGCAGCAGUGGGGAAUUGUUGAUCUUUCUAGCCAUCAGCAUCUUUUCAACAACUUGAAACGCUCCUUACCAGUAGCACAGCAGGUGCAAGCUGAAGAGGAAACAAAAGACGAUAAAAAUUACUUCCGUCGACUGAAGUAUCUAAUCGAUCGCCGCUUCCCCUGUACUGUCUGCCAGAAGUCUUUUAAGCAGUCAUCACAUCUAAUGCAGCACAUGCUGGUUCACACUGGGGAGAGGCCCUACGAAUGUAAUAUUUGUGGGCGUACGUACAAUCAUAUCUCCAGCCUCAUAAGACAUAGGCGCUGCCAUAGAGAGGAGACGGGAGUGGAUAUAAACAGUUCAUUGACAAACGCAGAUGUUGAGACUGCUGCUGCAGCUGCGGUAGUGGCAGCCGCCACAGCUGCAAUGUCGGCUCCUCAGGUGAGUUCUGGGGAAGUGCCUGUGGCUGGGGCAGAGCAAAAUGUAAUUAUGCAGCAAGAUGGUCCAUUUACUUGCAACCUGUGCUGGAAAGUGUUUAAAAAGCAAAGUCACCUUCAUCAGCACCAGAUUAUACAUACUGGGGAAAAGCCUUUUAGCUGUAACAUAUGUGAAAAAAGUUUUAAUCGCCGUGAAAGCUUAAAACGCCAUGUGAAGACACACUCCAACUCACUGAAGGUUCAGUGUGAGGUGUGCGGCAAAGCCUUCCGUGACACCACUUAUUUAUUAAAGCACCAAGCUACCCAUACUGGGGAACGACCGGAUUACAAGUGCGAUGUGUGCGGGAAAUCAUACGCUGCUCCACAGAGUCUUUUAAGACACAAACAUGCGCAUGAGGCCAGUCUUUCGUUGCCACAGGCAUUGGUGCCACAGCAACAAGCAAUUCAUGUAGAUGUCAAGGAAGCAGUUGCAGCAGUCCCUUAUGAAACCACAACUCUCCUUACCACAGAUGUUGCUCAGGCCGACCAAGCAGCUGUCAGUGUUAUUGAAAGAAUUGGAUCUGUUUUUGCUCAGCCCUCUCCUCGUAGACAAUCAUCUCUCUCAAGUAAUGUAAGCAAAAACUUCUGCUGUAAUAUAUGUGGACGUGGAUUCGGAAGAAGAGAAACCCUAAAGCGCCACGAACGGAUCCACACCGGUGAAAAACCGCACCAGUGUUCAGUUUGUGGCAAGAGGUUCAGAGAGUCGUUCCAUCUUACUAAACAUCAUGUUGUACAUACUCGUGAACGGCCCUACAAAUGUGAGCUGUGCGGCAAGGUUUUUGGCUACCCUCAGAGCUUGACACGCCACAAGCAGAUUCAUAGGCUUCAGCUGCCUUGUACAGUACCAACAGGAGCCCUGCCCCCUGAUCGACUUAGUUUUGGAUGCACAGAUUGUGGAGAGAGGUUCCCAGACUCCUUUCAUCUAAUGAAUCAUAAAGAACUCCACAUGAGUGAAAAGCCCUAUGUUUGUGAUACGUGCGGAAAAUGUUUUGGCUUUAUUGAAAACCUGAUGUGGCACAAACUUGUCCACCAAACAGCUACAGAACGUCUGCUGCCCAGUUUAAGCCAGUGUCAAGAAACCGAAAGCAAUCAAGCAAACUGUAUGCAGAAUAGUCUUACAAAUGAAUUGGUCUCCACAUCGGUAACAGCAGAUACUUCCAGCGGACAUGUGAAUUCCACUUCCGACGAGCACCCAAUGAUACCUAGCGGUGAGAGAUUUUCAUGCAGUAUUUGUGGUCAGACUUUCAAGCACUUCUUGGGUUUGGUAACCCAUAAAUAUGUACACUUAGUCAGACGCACGCUAGCUUGCAAUGUCUGUGGGCAAAGUUUUGCGGGAGCAUACGAUUUGCUGCUUCAUCGUCGCAGCCACUUGCAAAAGAGACAUUUCACAUGCUCUUUAUGCGGUAAGCGCUUCUGGGAAGCGACACUUCUCAUGCGCCAUCAGCGCUGCCAUACAGAAGAGCGACCUUACCGAUGCACCAUUUGCGGACGUGGUUUCUUACAUUCAUGGUAUCUCCGUCAGCACAAAGUUGUGCACACUGGUGAGCGAGCAUACAAGUGUGCCUUGUGCAACAAACGGUUUGCCCAGUCCUCUAGUUUAGCAGAACACCAGAGACUACACAUUGUAGCACGCCCUCAGCGGUGCCCAACCUGUGGUAAAACGUUCCGUUACCGCUCCAAUCUCUUAGAACACCAGAGAGUGCAUCUCGGCGAAAAGGUGUACCGGUGCGAUCAGUGUGGUAAAAGCUUCUUCUACAUUUCAUCCAUCUUGCGUCAUCAAAGAUCUCACGCUGCAAAAGCAGAUCUUCGUUGUUCCUGUUGCCUCAAACUGUUUAAGGAUCCAAAGUAUUUCAGCAAACAUGUACAAACCCAUCAAGGUGGGCGUCCCUUUAAAUGUGGAACCUGUGGUGAGGCUUUCAGCAAUACGUAUGGACUAAAAAAGCACCGCUAUACACAUAAAAUGGAAAAACUUGCUGCCGUGGCAACACUUGUUGAAGGACAAAAGACUACUCAACCACCAGGAACUUAAGUACAUUUUAUAAAACAUUUCCUUUUAUCUCUAAAAAUCUAAAUACAAUGAAGUUAACGUGUCCUGUAAUCAGCCAAGUGGUUGGUCAUGUUUUGGUUUUAAUAAAGAAUACUUAAUAUUUAACUGUAACACUGGGUAUUCAACGUUUUGGGCACCAAUAAUGACACGAUGUAUGUGAAGCCAUUCAGGUAUCUAUUAUCUGUGAAUUAUUGCCGUGCUUUCCUGUACUCAGUUUAACGAUAUUUCAUUGUUUUAGUGUUUAAAGUACCUACCAUAUUUAUAUUAGUAUAUCUUCCACGUCCUUUAUUAAAUUUCUAAUUC